CUGGCCCCGUCUGCCUUGCUCGCGAAGUUGUCCGGGGGCCGGGGAGAAGUUGGCGGCGCUGGGCGGAGGCGAGGGCGGUGGGGCCGGGCUGCUCGCUCGCGUCCCUGCCGGCCAUGGCGUUCCGCAGGCGGGCUAAAAGCCACCCGCUCUUCAGCCAGGAGUUUCUCAUCCACAACCACGCUGACAUCGGCUUCUGCCUGGUGCUCUGCGUGUUGAUCUCGCUCAUGUUCGAGGUUACAGCUAAGACUGCCUUCUUGUUCAUCUUACCUCAGUAUAACGUCAGUGUGCUGACGGCAGAUGGUGAAAUUGUUCUUUAUCACUACGGGCUGAAGGAUUUGGUCACAAUCCUCUUCUACAUCUUCAUAGCAAUCAUUCUGCAUGCUGUGGUGCAGGAAUAUGCGUUGGAUAAAAUUAACCGUCGACUUCAUCUUUCCAAAAUCAAGCACAGCAAGUUCAAUGAAUCUGGACAACUGGUAGCAUUUCAUCUUGCUUCUAUGGUUUGGUGCUUAUAUGUAAUAGUAACAGAAGGAUAUUUAUCAAACCCCAAAAGUCUGUGGGAAAGCUACCCUCAUGUUCAUCUCCCGUUCCAGGUUAAGUUUUUCUACCUUUGUCAGCUAUCCUAUUGGCUGCACACAUUGCCUGAAUUAUAUUUCCAGAAGGUGCGGAAGGAAGAGAUUCCACGUCAGUUGCAGUACAUCACCCUUUAUCUAGUGCAUAUAUCAGGAGCAUAUCUCUUAAACCUCACACGCCUGGGACUAAUCUUGAUGCUGCUGCAGUAUGUAGCUGAAUUCUUCUUCCACAUGGCUCGUCUUUUUUAUUUCACAGAUGAAAACAAUGAAAAGUUGUUUAAUGCAUGGGCAGUAGUUUUCGUCAUCUCACGGCUUUUCACCCUCACCCUUUCCGUGCUGGUCAUUGGCUUUGGGCUGGCUCGGGUUGAGAACCAGGCAUUUAACCCUGAAAAAGGAAACUUCAACACUUUGCUUUUCAGGAUGGGCGUGUUGCUUCUGGUGUGCUUCUCACAGGCCUGGAUGAUGUGGCGCUUCAUUCAUUUCCAGUUGCGACGCUGGCGUGAAUACUGGAAUGAGCAGAACACUAGAAAAAGGGUUCCAGCCACUGUCCACUUCAAACAACAAGUAAAGGCAAUGAAAAGGGAAUCUGGCUACCAUGAAAAUGGAGUAGUAAAGGCAGAAAAUGGUACCUCACCACGAAACAAGAAACUCAAGUCUCCGUAGAGCCAAAGCACAGCCUACAUGGGAUGUUUGAGGAGGAGACAGAAGGUGCAAGAGUGAGGACUCUGGAAAUAAGAAGCACCUUCCCCUCUUUUGUUCUCACAAAGCUCCACCUCAAGUGAUGUGUCCACAUAGUGAACCAACCUCUCUCUCUCCUCCCCCAUCCCCAUGUCUUUCUGUCUCUGUCUCUCUCUUUGCAAUAACCAAAAGGCCUUCAUCCUUGACAGCGGGGCUUAGGAACACCAAAAGCUUUCCCUUGCCCUGUUG